UCUCUCCAUAUUAUCCACAAUCUGAAUUGGAGUUUGGCCUCUCCUUAAAACCACCAGAUUUUUGUUUGAUUGGAGAGAGACGAAAGAAAAAGAAGAAAAGAAGAAAAGAAGAAAAGAGAUAGAGAGAAGUAAAUAAAUAUUUUUAAUUUCUGGGAGAGUUUUUGAUAUUUUUUUAUUUUGUGAGGUAGAGAGCUCAGAACACAGUCUCUCUAACAAACAAGCAAACAAUUUUGCUUCUCCUUUAUCUAUAACACUUUUUAUUUUUGUGAGAACACUGGCACCUUUUCAAUGGCUCUCCCUCAGCUCAUUCCUUCUUCUUCCUCUUCCUCUUUAUCCCAUAAACCCAUUUUAAACCCCAACUCCAUUUCCUCUUCCUUAAUUCCUAGCCCUAGAUUCUUCUCUCCCGCCUCCUCCUCCUCCGCCGCCUCCCUUUUUCGCCACCGCCACCACAAACCUAAUUCUCUCAAGUGUUCUGCUUCCUCUUUCCCCGAAAAACAUCACACCGGCUCUCCUAAGUCAGACGAUGUUGUUGAGCUUCCGCUUUUUCCCCUUCCUCUCGUUCUCUUCCCUGGCGCUAUUCUUCCUCUGCAGAUCUUUGAGUUUCGUUACAGGAUGAUGAUGCACACUGUACUCCAAACCGAUCUUCGCUUUGGAGUUAUUUACACUGAUCCAGUUUCCGGUACCACGGAUGUCGGAUGUGUUGGUGAGAUUGUUAAACAUGAGCGACUCGUUGACGAUCGAUUCUUCCUUAUUUGUAAAGGCCAAGAGCGGUUUCGAGUCACUAAUCUUGUUCGGACGAAACCGUAUCUUGUUGCUGAAGUUACAUGGCUUGAGGACCGGCCAUCCGGGAAUGGUGAAGAGGAUUUGGAUACGUUGGCGAAUGAGGUAGAAUCGUACAUGAAGGACGUGAUUCGAUUGUCGAAUAAGUUGAGUGGUAAGCCAGAGAAAGAGGUUCAGGAUUUGAGAAGGAAUUUAUUCCCAACUCCUUUCUCGUUUUUCGUUGGAAGCACGUUUGAAGGGGCGCCGAGAGAACAACAAGCGUUGCUUGAAUUGGAGGAUACGGCGGCGAGGUUGAAAAGGGAGAAAGAGACAUUGAGAAACACUCUUAAUUACUUGACCGCUGCUUCUGCUGUUAAAGAUGUAUUUCCUUCGAACAGUUGAAAGGCAAGUUUGAGAGGUUUCUAUGGAAAUUCCAAACAGAUUGAGCUAGAUCGUUGAAGCCUAAAGAAGCAAAUUGAAGGUAAUGCUUAAGUUUUGCUUGCCUUUACAAGUACUUUAUACAAGGGAUGGAUGUUAUUAAAGCUGUAAAUUUUGAUAUAUAAUUGAAUUUGCUUCAUCUGGUGUACCGAUGCUUACAUACUUGAUAUAGAAAUUGCACAUGAUCUGAAGGUUUUAGGUGGAUUACUUGUGUUCUUGGCUUUCAUUCUUUCUUGUCAAAUCAGAUUUUGGUUGCACUUGGAAAUUUAUCUAGAGUUUUAUGACUUUCAAAGUUAUCUAGAAUCUAGAGAUGUUCACAUUUAGGAUCAGAGUCAGAUAUUUGUCUUUGAUUGUAUGGAAUCAUUUCCUGUACCUGUUAGCUCUUGUGGGUAAUGCCAAGGUGGAGGGAAAUAGCAGUACAUUGUGUUGGAACAUUGGAUGGUUAAAUUUCUUUAUGUUCUGUUUUGUGA